CGCUCUCGCUCUCGCUCGCCUCUCCCGUUCCGCGUCUCUGUCUCUGUCUCUCCCUCUCCAGUGCCCCCUGCGUUCUAUGCGCUAAGAAGAAGCAGAAAAAUAAAGCAAAGCAAGGCGAGGAAGAUAACUAGACAAGUCACCAGCGGGAAAUCUCUCUGGACACGCGAUACAAACAGAGAGAGCACCGAAGAAGAGGAGAGGAAGAGUAGAGCCUCUCUGGCUUUCCGUUCUUUCGUCAGAGAAAGUUUUUUUACGGUAAAAGCAACAAUGCCUGCUCAGAAGCGUUCAUCGGAAAAUCUCGAAGAGGAAUCCCAGCAACGCCAUCAUCACCACCAGAACAACCACAUACAAGCAGCAGUAGAAGAAGAUGGAGAGGAUUCCGAUGGAAGCCCUUCGUCUAGUGGCGGAGAUAAAAGCGAAUUUGUAAUGGUGAGAUUGUCAGACAUACGCAAAGAAGUACAAUGUCCAAUAUGCCUAGGUAUCAUUCGGAAAACAAGAACUGUAAUGGAAUGUCUGCAUCGCUUUUGCAGGGAAUGCAUUGACAAAUCAAUGCGACUGGGGAACAAUGAAUGUCCUGCUUGCCGGACACAUUGUGCAAGUCGGCGUUCUUUGAGGGACGAUCCAAAUUAUGAUUCUCUAAUUGCAGCUUUAUAUCCAGAUAUUGACAAGUAUGAGGAGGAGGAACUGGCUUUCCAUGAAGAGGAGAGGAAUCGGAACAAGCAGAUCCAAGCAUCCAUUGCCCAGACAUUAAAACGGCAAUCAGAAGCACUUGGUCGGAGACGCACUACAGCUAAAGCCACAGCAGCUGCAUUUGUGAGGAAAUCUCAGGGAAAUUAUCGGAACUCUCAUUCAAGAACGAGAAGAAGUGGUCGUAGUUUGGAACUUCAAGGAUCUGAUGAUGAUGAGACAAAUGGCAAUGAUGGAGCCAAUGAUUCAUCUUCUGAUGAACAUAUAGAGGUAAAACCUAAGAGGUGCAGGAGAUGGGCAGGACCACGGUUCUCUCAGCCUUCUGCUGCAGCUGCCAAUGCAGAUGGAGGCUGUGAUGAAAAUGAUGAUUUGGAAGUGAUCAGAGAAAGCACAGGUGCAUCCCCUGGGUUGAUUGGAAAUCCAGAAGUACUGGCUUGGGGCAAGGGAGGUGUGCGGAGUCACACACGAUAUGGUAGUGUAAGCGGUAAUAAUGGUAAGAAUGCUCGGACUACCCGCUUAUCUAAGUUGGUAGAUUACCUCAAAAGCUUGGAUGAAAAUGAAGAUCAGUUGGAUGUACAUCUCACACUUAUCCCUUUGGACAAAGAAAGUAUACCAAGUUUGCAGCGGCCAUAUCUUUGCUGCCGCCCUGCGUUGUCUAUAAGACACUUAUGCCAAUUUGUUGCUCUCCAGACUGCAGUGCAAGCUGACGACGUCCAAAUAUUGAUGGUGAAAGAGCCCCACUAUACAAACGCUGACCAGUGUGGGUCGUUGUUUAAUUCUUCAACUUCCAAGGAUGAUCUGAUUCUGAAGUCCCUAGUUAGUCCUUCCAAAGCUGAGCUGCAAUUGUUGGAAGAGCAAGAAACCCUGGCAGAACUUCAAGCUAAUUGUACCUCCUGCAAGGGCCAACUGGUGAGUUCACCCAGAAAUAGAUGUGUUUUAGCAGAUUUUGACUUUGUUGUGUCUUGCAAUCAUCAGCCUCUUCUGCCUGUGCUAUUUUCAGGUUCUGGUAUAUCGGAAGAAGGAAGGUAGAUAGUAAACAAAAAUGUGCCAACUGUCAACUUUUUUAUGUUGAGCAGGUGAUUACAUUCUUCGUAGCGAUUUGUAUAUAAAAUGCUCACAAAAGGUGUCUCCCUGAUCGGGUUUCUGAUGAUCCAUUUUUCUUCCAACACCGGGUUAUGAAAACCAUAAAGAAACAAGAGUUGCUUCGGUUGUGUUGGAAGAAGGCACAAGAACUGCAGUUCAGAACAGGGAAGGUUGUUAUGCUUGAUAGUUUAUAUAAAUUAAUAUAGCAAUUUCUUCAUUUCUAUGCCAA